CUUCUCCUCUUCCUGGAUACAACACCAUUUUUACAUCUCCUUCUUCCUAACAGAUUUCAAAAAAAAAGUAAACACAAAGGUCGUCGAUUCUGUGUCCAACGAGAAGAAGAAGAAGAAGGGGGUUUAGGGUUUUGAUUCAAUGGCCUUGUUUCGCAAAUUGUUCUACCGCAAGCCUCCAGAUGGUUUGCUCGAGAUUUGCGACCGAGUUUUCGUGUUUGACUGCUGCUUCUCCUCCGAUUCUUGGGAAGAAGAGAACUACAAAGUUUACAUGGCGGGAGUAAUCAACCAGCUGCAGGAGCACUUCCCCGAUGUAUCCUCUCUUGUCUUUAAUUUCCGUGAAGUGGGUACUCGUAGCGUGAUGGCUGAUGUCUUAUCAGAACACGGCUUGACCAUAAUGGAUUACCCUCGCCACUACGAAGGCUGCUCUUUAUUGCCUGUGGAAGUCAUGCACCAUUUUCUCCGCUCGAGUGAAAGCUGGCUCUCGCUUGGCCCAAGUAACUUGUUGCUUAUGCAUUGCGAGCGAGGGGCUUGGCCUGUUCUGGCUUUCAUGCUAGCUGCGCUGCUUAUAUACAGGAAGCAGUACAGUGGCGAGUUAAAGACUUUGGAUAUGAUCUACAAGCAGGCUCCGCGUGAGCUUCUGCAGUUGUUCUCGCCGUUGAACCCUAUUCCUUCUCAGUGUCGAUAUCUACAGUACGUGUCUAGAAGGAAUCUGGUCUCUGAAUGGCCUCCUCUGGAUAGGGCUCUCACUAUGGACUGUGUUAUUUUGAGAUUUGUUCCUGAUGUGAGUGGACAAGGAGGCUGCCGCCCAAUCUUCCGGGUCUAUGGUCAGGAUCCGCUUUUUGUUGAUGAUAAAAAGCCCAAGCUUUUGUACUCCACUCCUAAGAAAGGCAAACACCUUAGGGUCUAUAAGCAGGCAGAAUGUGAAUUAGUCAAGAUUGACAUCAAUUGUCAUGUUCAAGGUGAUAUCGUGAUUGAGUGCCUCAGUUUGAACGACGACCUGGUAAGAGAGGUCAUGUUGUUUCGAGUGGUUUUCAACACAGCUUUUAUUAGAUCAAACAUCUUGAUGCUUAACCGUGACGAAGUAGACACAUUAUGGCAUAUUAAAGACCAAUUCCCAAAGGGGUUCAGAGUUGAGCUUCUCUUCUCAGAUAUGGAUGCUGCCUCGUCUGUUGACGUCAUGGAUUUUUCGUGCUUGGAGGAGAAAGAUGGUCUUCCAAUAGAAGUUUUUUCCAAAGUUCAGGAGCUCUUCAAUCAAGUUGACUGGGCUGAUCAGACGGAUGCCACUCGCAAUAUGCUUCAGCAUUUAGCUAUUGCAAAUGCUGUCCAUGAAAGACCAGAGGGGGGGAAUUCAAGCCCAAGACUACAAGGGUUAAGCCCCAAAAGUAUCCAUGAUUUAGUGAAACAGGCAGCAAUGGAUAGUAAUGCAAAGUUAAAAUUGUCUUCAGUGUCCGAGGUUGAAACGGUGGACUCACCGGAGAAACAACCUACUGGUACAGCCAAGAAGUUUAUAGCAGAAGAUACGCAUUCUGUCCUUCAGAUAAGUAGCCAGGAUGCAACAAAGUUGUCAGGUCAAGAGUCCCCUUCUCUCAAGCUUGUGCAUCAUUCUGCAACGGUUAAACCUUUUGUGGACGGUUCUGAAUUCUCUGAAAAAGCACAGGAAAAUAAUGGGAAAGUGGUCUCAUUUGCGUCUUCCACGCCGCCACUACCUCAUCCUACUAUAACAUCGUUGGCUCCAGUAGCAGCACCUCCCCCUCCUUCACCUCCUCCGGUUCCAACUGUUGCUUCUCAACCGUCAGAAAAGUUGCAGCAUUCUGUUGUCCAACCGGCUGAAACAGUUUCACAGGGAAAUUCGUGGGUGUCAUUAGCUGGCUCUACAUUUCAUCAAACAACUCCAAACGAAAAACAUCCCGUGACACUGCCUCCAACUUCUCUUGCAUCCGAUGUUUCUCCUCAGGAGUCUUCUAGAAUAACAAAAUCAUCGUCGGUUCUGCCAUCUGCUACAUUAUCAGCUGAUCCUACCAAACCUUCCCAAGCUGAGACAUCUGGUUCUUUUUGUCCUGCUUCACCUCCAAUAGGAGCUCCCAAUGAUGUGGCUUCACCUCUUGGACAACCGGCGAGAUUACCUCUUCCAGUGUCUAAGUCAGACAAAACACAUGGGUUACCUCAACCGCCACCUCCUCCCCCUCCUACUCCUCCUCCAAUGCAGUAUUCAGAUCAGAACACAGUCGCUGCAGUUUCCCCUCCUAUACCAUCCCCAGCACCAGCUAUCGCUGCCUCUCCAGUGUCUAACUCAGACAAAACACAUGGUUUACCCCGACCGCCACCUCCUCCCCCUCCCCCUCCUCCUCCAGCUCCCCCGAUACCACAAUCUCAUGGAAACUCUGCGAUUAAAAGCUCACCUCCUGCACCUCCACGGCCUCCUGCUCCUCCUCCCCCUCCAAACGCACCACCUCCACCAGGUCAGAUGAAGGCACCGUCAGCACCACCUCCACCCCCGUUAGGUCAGAUGAGGUCACCAUCAGCACCACCCCCUCCUCCGAAAUUAGGAACUAAGUCAUCCCCAUCUUCUGGUACUGGUGUGCCUCCGACACCUGCUUUACCAGGUGGGUCUCUUUCAUCAGGAAAAGGGAGAAUGUUACGUGUAAAUUCAAAGAAUACAGCCAAAAAGUUGAAGCCAUACCACUGGUUGAAACUGACAAGAGCUGUUAAUGGGAGCUUAUGGGCAGAAACACAAAUGUCUAGCGAAGCUUCUAAGUAUGCGUUGUUCAUCUUGUCGUUACUUCUUUCUCUGAUGCCUUUUUCUUGUAUGAUUUCUAAGCCAUUAGUUCUUACAUGUUGUUGUUUAAGGGCUCCUGAGAUUGACAUGACAGAGCUUGAAAGUCUUUUCUCAUCUGCUCCAGAAGAGGCAGGAAAGUCGAGACCAAAUAGCUCUCGUGGACCUAAACCCGAGAAAGUUCAACUGAUUGAACACAGGCGAGCAUACAAUUGUGAAAUUAUGCUUUCAAAAGUGAAAGUACCUCUGCAUGAUUUGAUGUACUCAGUGCUUAACCUGGAGGAAUCGGCUCUUGAUGCUGAUCAGGUUGAGAAUCUAAUCAAGUUUUGUCCAACAAGAGAAGAAAUGGAAUUACUUAAGGGUUACACUGGUGACGUGGACAAGCUUGGAAAAUGCGAGCUGUUCUUCUUAGAGAUGAUGAAAGUCCCACGAGUGGAAACAAAGCUUAGGGUAUUCUCAUUCAAAAUUCAGUUCCGUUCUCAGAUCUCUGAACUCAAGAAUAGUCUAAGUGUUGUGAACUCCGCAGCAGAACAGAUAAAGAAUUCUGAGAAAUUCAAAAGAAUAAUGCAGACAGUUUUGUCCCUUGGAAACGCCUUAAACCAGGGGACAGCUAGGGGUGCUGCGGUGGGGUUUAAGCUGGACAGUCUGCCAAAACUCAGUGAAACACGGGCGCGUAAUAACCGUAUGACUCUGAUGCAUUAUCUAUGCAAGGUAAGCUCCUGUAGCUUCUGUAGCUAUGUGGAUGAACUAGAUAAAGAAAAAAAUUAUAUUCUGAUGGAUUGUCUGCAGAUUCUUGCUGAGAAAAUGCCAGAAGUUUUAGAUUUCACGAAAGAUUUAUCCUCACUUGAGCCUUCAACAAAGAUUCAACUGAAGUUUUUGGCGGAGGAGAUGCAAGCAAUAAACAAGGGACUGGAGAAAGUCGUACAAGAACUAUCCUUGUCCGAAAAUGAUGGCCCAAUCUCACAUAACUUUAACAAGAUAUUGAAGGAGUUCCUUCUUUAUGCGGAAGCAGAAGUAAGGUCCUUGGCUUCACUCUAUUCCGGAGUGGGACGAAACGUGGAUGGCUUAAUUCUCUACUUUGGUGAAGACCCAGCUAAAUGUCCAUUUGAACAGGUGGUGUCUACCCUUCUAAACUUUGUAAGGCUGUUCAACCGUGCGCAUGAAGAAAACGGAAAACAACUUGAGGCAGAAGCUAAGAAGAAAGCUGAAGAGGAGAAAUCAAAAAUAAGUGAAGUAGAUAAAGAAAGCAGGAAGCCCUUGUCCUUGGAGGAACAAGUUAAGAAGGAGAAAACAAAAAUAAGUGGAUUUGAUAAAGAAACCAAGGAGACACUGGAUGAAGGAACCCCUGCUUGAAAAACUGCUCCUUUCUAUUUUUAGAUGGCAAUGGAAGUAAAACAGUCUAGGACUGGAACGGACCGGCGAAGGUGAGGAGGCUAUGCGGCUUAAACCCAUGGUGUUUCCAGACAAUAUGAAAAGUGCAGCAUUGUCACUUAACGACAAAGCUAACUUGUAAAAUAGGGAGGGGGUAUAAAAUAAUGUAAUUAGAAAACAAUAAACACAACUACAUCAUACAUGCCUGGUCAAAUCUGCAAUAAGCAAUGUUAUUCCCUU